AUGGCGCUGCUUUUUAUCAGUUUUCAAUGGUUGGCCAUCAAGUCAGUUGUUCGCCUUCAAUUUCUAUCCAUCUGUUUUUCUCUAUCUAUCUAUCUAUCUAUCUAUCUAUCUAUCUAUCUAUCUAUUGAGCUGAUCUAUCCCAUUCUCUUUAUAUAUGCCUAUGAUAAAUUCUAUCUAUCUAUCUCUAUCUAUCUAUCUCUAUCUAUCUAUCUCUAUCUAUCUAUCUCUAUCUAUCUAUCUCUAUCUAUCUAUCUCUAUCUAUCUUAUCUCUAUCUAUCUAUCUCCAUCUAUCUAUCUCUAUCUAUCUAUCUCUAUCUCAUCUAUCUAUCCUAUCUCUAUCUAUCUCUAUCUAUCUCUAUCUCUAUCUCUCAUCUAUCCAUCUAUCCAUCCAUAUCUCUAUCUAUCUCAUCUAUCUAUCUAUCUCAUCUAUCCAUCUCUAUCUAUCUAUCUCUAUCUAUCUAUCUAUCUAUCUAUCUCUCUAUCUAUCUAUCUAUCUAUCUCUAUCUAUCUAUCUAUCUAUCUAUCUCUAUCUAUCUAUCUCUAUCUAUCUAUCUAUCUAUCUAUCUAUCUAUCUAUCUCUAUCUAUCUAUCUCUAUCUAUAUCUAUCUAUCUCUAUCUAUCUAUCUCUAUCUAUAUCUAUCUAUCUCUAUCUAUCUAUCUCUAUCUAUAUCUAUCUAUCUAUCUCUUCCUUUCUAUGUAUUUAUCCCAGUCUCUUGCUAUUUAUUACUAUUCCACGUCGAUCUAUUCGGCAACAGGAUUGCUGCAAGUUUGUUAACGCCAUCAAUUCUUAUUCGACCCGCUCCAUUCAAAGCCCCUCAGAACGAACCGCUCGCGAUACAGAUACGGAUAGCAUGUAGACUCGCCCAAAUCGCGUCAGUUGGCGCCAAUUCGAGAAAAUCGCAUCUACGAGUCUCUGCGUUUGCAUAUCAGGCACGUGCUGCUUUUGAAAUUAUCUAUCUAUCUAUCUAUCUAUCUAUCUAUGAGGUUCAUUCCAAAAUUAUCUAUCAGUCUGUUUCAGUUAUCUAUGAAUCUAUCAUUUUCUGUUAUUUCUCUAUCUCUGUCAUCUAUCUAUCUAUCUAUCUAUCUAUCUAUCUAUCUAUCUAUCUAUACGCCCUGCUACAGUUGUAUGCUUGUUUUACAGUCUGUUUUCAAUAUGUUUUUUCUCAAUGGGCACUCGUUAUUCGUAUCAAUCCAAUCUGUCUUCCUUGUGGAUGUGAUUUUCAAUAUUUGGCAAAUUCUUUCUUGUUGUUAUUGUUGUUAAGCUGGUCGCAGUUGAAACGGCCCGAGUCACUUCCACUUCAUCGGAAACAAGUCCGCAAACGAACGCCCGUUUUUUGUUUUUUUUACCCAGAUAUUUACAUUCAUUUCAUGGAUAUUCUUAUUUCCACAUGGAAAAUUCCAGGAUAUAUUGAAUCACCUGCAGAAGGAGAACCGCUGCAGUAUCAAAAACAAUUCUUCUGCGUCUCGAAUGGUUUCUUCUUCUUCAUUUUCUUCUUCAUUUUCUUCUUCAUUUUCUUCUUGAAUUUUUUCUUCUUUUUUCGACUGAUUGUUUUUUAUUAUUCCGCCUUUUCUUCUUAA